AUGAGUCCAAGAAGACUCGGUUACGUUAAGGCUCAGAGAUGGCUGAUAAAGCGGCAAGAAAUGGUCUGCCCAAAGCAGCUCAAGUCGUCGAUAGAUCAUAGCCGGCAGUCCAGGUCGUUGGCGUUCAUUCACUCAGUCGGGAUGUCUCAGAUCCACUGGGCUAUCAGGACGGACCACCGAGUGACGCGCGGGAAUAGACGGAUUUCGCCACGCCUUUUGAUGCCGCUCCAGCUGCCGCUCCAGCGCUAG